AUUGUCGGAUUGAGAAAUUGCAUGGCAUUUUCGUUCAGGGAAAAAAAUUUACUGGUUAGUCUUUUUAGUUUAAUCACAUUAUAAACACUAUAUUACAGUAAAAUGGCGGAUGAAGAAGAUCCUUGGGGUUUCGAUGAUGGCGGUGAUGCUAGUGAUGCAAAGACUUCUUCACAACCCGGUACUGCUGAUGUAGCACUCUCAAAAGCUGAGAGCGUAAAGUCUGAGCCAAGAUCCGAGGCUGCUCUGGCUGAUGCUGCACCAGAGGCAGAAGUGGAAAAUAUAGUCGAGCCUGAAAUUGAAGUCAAGGCACCUCCACCUCCACCUGAAGACGAUGGUUACAGGAAACCAGUUCAGCUAUACCGUCAUUGGGUCCGGCCAAAGUUUCUGCAGUACAAAUACAUGUACAACUACAGAACCAAUUACUAUGACGAUGUCAUUGAUUAUUUGGACAAAAAGCAGGUUGGAGUCGCACGCGAAAUCCCAAGACCACAAACUUGGGCUGAGCGUGUGUUGCGGACACGAGACAUCAAUGCCGGCGAUCUGGACUCUUUUGUGCCAACAAAGCGGGACAAGCACUUAAUCCAAACAUUAGCUGCAUCAAUCAGAACUUAUAAUUACCAUACUAAAGCAUACAUCAACCAGAGAUAUGCAAAUGUUCUUUAAAUUGAUUUCACAACUGCCUUGAGCUUGAUAGAACUGAAAAGUUAUGUUUGUUUAUUAUCGUAGGAUGUGGACAUAGGAAUUUUUGUAUAUACAUAUGUACAUAUAAUAAUUAAAAUUACAUUCUUAAUUUGAUAGCCAAAAUUGUAGUUGAAAGAAAAACACGUCUCAAAUCAAAUAUCAUUUUCAAUAUUUCAAUUCAAGCUAUUUUAUUUAAUAAACACUAAGAAAAAGACACUGUUAAUAGACUAAGCAAUUGUUAAGUUUAUUUCUCUUCUCCUUUUCCUACUCACGACCAAAAAUAAUUAAGUAAGUGAUAAUUUUACAAUCGACAAGAUCUAAAAGUACAAAUAACCAUUGAGCAAUAUAUAAUAACUGUGCAAUAAAUAUAUAAAUAAAUCAAAUAAUACAA